AUGGUGUUGUACAGCAUGCAAGGUCUUCCUGCAGAUAAUGUUUCAUUCACUACAUUCAAACUGAAUGGUUUCUAUUCUUUUGGAGAAUGGCGGCGCUUUCUAUUCAUCCCAUAUUUUUUUAUGUUUUUAUUGUCUACCACCUCAAACUCUAUUCUGAUAUUUUUAAUCAUCACCCAGAGAGCUCUCCACUCUCCAAUGUUUAUAUUUAUUGCUCUAAUGGCUGUCGUGGAUCUGACUAUGCCAAUGAUAAUUGUACCACACAUGCUGCUCAACUUUGUAUUUGACUGGAAUGGGAUUUCACUUGUUGGCUGUUUAACACAAAUAUUUUGCAUUCAGUAUGUUGGUUCAUAUCAAUCUACUCUACUGCUGUGGAUGGCUCUGGAUCGGUUCUUUGCUAUAUGCAGACCUCUUUCUUAUCAUAAUUAUAUGCACAUUCCCAACUUUUUAAAGUUUAUUGUUGUUCCUGUAUUUAGAAAUAUACUCUUAAAUAUUGCAAUGAUCACUUUGGCUGGAAAACUACAUUUUUGUAUGAAAAAUGAGAUUGAUCACUGUUUUUGUGAACACAUGGGCCUGGUCCAGCUAGCAUGUGGAGAUACUUCUGUGAACAACUUACUUGGACUUGUAUCUGCUUUUCUAAUACCAGCUGCAGAUUUUGUUUUGAUUGCUGUAUCUUAUGUAAUAAUAUUUAGUUCUGUUAUGAAAUCAGGCAGGUCCAGCAUGAAGGCCAUCAACACUUGUUUAACACACAUAAUUGUUAUGACAUUUAGUUUAGUUUUUGUUUUGACAGCUUUUUUGUCUUAUAGAAUUAGAAAUAAUUUUUCUCCUGGGAUCCGUAAUUUUAUAAGUACCAUGUAUGUACUUUUUCCAAGCUGUUUCAAUCCAGUUAUUUAUGGAGUGAGAACAAAAGAAAUAAGGCAGCAGUUUUUAAAAUUCUUUAACCAUGUGAAUGUCUUACCUCAUUAA